CCCGUCUCCUCGUUUCGUUUCCUUCUUUCCGGAACACGAGUGUGAAUCGAAUCGGUGAAGAAGUAUAGUUCUCUUGGUUCGUUCUGGAAAAUUCGAAGGGAAAUUCGAUUUUGAGCGAAGUUGGUCGAAUAUUUCGGGAACGGUGUGUGGAACUCGAAUUCUACGUUAGGGUACAUGGAUUCAUGUUGCUUCGGAGGAGUCCAGACAAAUCAAGAAAAUCCGUGCGUUCCAACGAGGAACCUGAAAGUCUGUUGGAUUCCAGCCGCCAAGCUGGACCUUUUCGCCUCAGUUCUGCGGAAUAUAGAGAAGCUUACGUAGCCGAUCGAGAGAGAGAGCUUUCCGACGUUUCCAGUGUAUCGAUCUUUCUCAUCUGACGGUAUUUCACGGGAGGAACCUGUCACACUUGACACCGAUACUUUGGAACUUUUCCAAAUCGAAAUAAACUAGCGAGACGAAGUAGGAGAGAGAGAGAGAGGUACUUGGAUACUUGAGGUGUCGAGCUUGUCGAGCUCGUUCGAACGAUUAACGGAACGAUUCGAAGAAAUAUCAAGCUCGGUUGAAUUAAUCCUCUUCGAAGACGGAGCCCUUUCUUGCAUGCAUCUUUGAGGCUGAUUUUCGAAGGCGCAGCAUGGAUAUCGAUAUGAGCGGAAGAGGGAACAGGUCGACCGAGGAAUUAGCCAAAAGACGCGUCUCUAUUAGCGAUCAGAUCCUCGGCAUGGAUAAUCCCAGCUUUGAUCAUCAUCGGCGUAUAAGCGCCAGCUCUGAGCAUAAUUCUGAUCAGGGUCGCGGCAAAUCGAUACUGCACGGGGGUAGCAACUACGGUAGCGCGGAGAAUAUUCCGCAGCACAAGUUUGAUCUCGAGAACGGCAGGAUCAACGGGAACAGGAAGAAGUCGGCGUACAGCUUGACCAGCUCUAUCAGGGACAAGAUCGAGUACUCGGAGGAGCUCGAACGGUCGUGGUUGUAUCUAUUUUGCGCGCGAUGUCACGGUCGCGACGACACGCCGUCAUGGGAGCCAGAAGGUUGGAAAAGAGCCUGUCCUCAGCCAUUUUGCCCGAGCUACAGAAAAUUCGCCCGGCUGCUGUGCCUGUUCCUGUUAGGGUUGCUGUUAUGGGGCAUCGUGUAUACGGUGCUAGGAGAAGACGCCGCUCCUGGUGGCCAGCUUUUCGGUCUCGCCGCCCUUUGUAUAGCGGCACAUUUCGGCGGAUGGCUGUUCUCCUUGACCACCCUUCCCGCCUUAAUCGGCAUGCUGAUCACCGGGCUUAUACUGCAGAACGUCGGUCUGGUCUACAUCGAGGGCAGAUACUCCGUUGUCGUCUCCAAUCUGCGAAAAAUCGCUCUAGUCAUUAUCCUCACCAGAGCCGGUCUGGAUCUGGAUCCGAACGCCCUGAAGAGGUUGAAAGUCACCGUCCCGAAACUCGGUUUAAUUCCAUGGCUCGUCGAGGCUUUUGUGGUGGCCACAUUGACGAAGUAUCUGCUCGGUUUACCCUGGAUAUGGGGUUUUCUGCUCGGAAGUGUGGUGGCUGCCGUUUCGCCAGCAGUCGUGGUGCCGUGUCUCUUCAGGUUACGUGCCAAGGGUUACGGAGUUGUCAAGGGCAUUCCGACCUUGAUCAUCGCCGUGUCUGGAAUCGAUGACGCAGCAUCGGUCGCGAUUCACGGGAUCAUAAAGAGUAUCAUGUUUUCCCACGAUGCACUGUGGUACCAGAUCCUUCAGGGUCCCAUCGCGAUCGUCGGAGGUCUGGGAUUUGGCAUCCUUUGGGGCUGGCUGGCCAAGUACGUUCCGGAAAAGGGAGAUCCUUUUAUGGUGCCCCUGAGAGUGCUGAUGCUAUUAGGUGGUGGAUUGCUAGCAGUCUUUGGAAGCGAGGCGAUCGAGCUAGGAGGUGCUGGACCUUUAGCAGUGGUUGCAGCUGCAUUUGUCAGCUGUUACUUCUGGCAAAAACAGGGCUGGGAAGUCGACGAUAAUCCAGUGGCCACGGCGUUCGAAAUCUUCUGGAUGAUCUUCGAGCCGAUCCUGUUCGCCGUGACGGGUACUCAAAUCAAAAUCGACGAGCUCGAGGGCAAAACGGUCUAUCUCGGUAUAGGUUGCCUUCUGGCCGGUAUCGUGAUCCGCAUCAUGGCCACCGUUCUCGUUGGAGUCGGCUCGAAGCUGAAUCUCAAGGAGAAAGUGUUCAUCGCGUUGUCCUGGAUGGCGAAGGCAACCGUUCAAGCUGCUCUGGCAACCACCACCCUCGACAAAGUGAAUCCGAACGAUCCUGAAGAGGUGUAUUACGCUGAGACGAUGGUGACUAUGUGCGUGCUGUCGAUUAUGCUCACAGCACCGACAGGUGCCAUCCUAAUUUCUCUGUCGGGACCGAAACUUCUGACGAAGACCACUGCUCCGGUGGCGCCGCCCGAAGGCUGGAAAACGCGUAGACCCUCGAUCCGAGACAUUUCCAUCAUCAACGAGGAUCCAGACCUCGAGGAGACCGCAAACGAGAGGAAGCCUUGAGGCGUUUUCGUUGAGACGUGACCGUUUUACCUUAUUCCUCCUCCGUAGAUCUUGCAACUGGCGCUACUCUGCGCCCA